AUGGAAUGCCACAAGAAAGACCCUGGUGUCUUCUGGCUGCCAGCGGGACUCAUCAAGGACGGUCCCCAGAAUGCGUUUUUGCGGUAUUGCCUGGACACAUGUGUUUUCACCUCCUCUGAGCUUCCUGAAAUAGAGUACAUAGGCUCUCAGUAUUUCAAUAAGAUAGAAGAUAUCAGGUUUAACAGCACUGUGGGGAAGUGGGUUGGAUACACUGAUCAUGGUAUCCGUAACGCAGAGCUCUGGAACAACGAUCCUACAGAGAUGGCACACAUGAGAGCUCAGAAAGAGAGAUACUGCAAACCUAAUAUAGAGACAUGGUUCCAAGAUGUACUGGAUAAGACAGCUGAGCCCAGCGUGAGACUGACUUCAGUGACGCCCCAUAGUGGCCGACAUCCGGCCAUGCUGAUGUGCAGUGUCUACAACUUCUACCCCAAAUACAUCAGUGUCACCUGGCUGAGAGACGGACAGCCGGUGACCUCUGACGUCACUUCCACCGAUGAGCUGGCAAAUGGUGAUUGGUACUACCAGAUCCACUCUCACCUGGAGUACACGCCCAGGUCUGGAGAGAAGAUCACCUGCAUGGUGGAACACGCCAGUUUCCCCUCUCCUAAGAAAGUGGACUGGAAUCCCUCCAUGUCACAAUCAGACAGAAACAAGAUCGCCAUCGGAGCGUCAGGUCUGCUUCUGGGUUUGAUUUUGUCUUUGGCAGGUCUGAUCUACUACAAGAGGAAGGCCAGAGGGCGUGUUCUGGUUCCAACCAGCUGA